AUGGGAAAAAAGUCGUUUCAAACAGAAAUGGAAGUAACUGGAAGAAUUUCGGCGGAAUCAACUGAUGGUAGCUUACGACUUAAGUCUGUAGGCAAUGAAGAUAUGCAAAGCGAACUUACUAUGCUUAAAGAUAAUCAGAACCAACAUGCCGUAACAGAUAUUUUGGCUACAUUUGUAAACGAUAUUGAUGGUACCGCGAAAGUAUUAUGA